AUGAUGUUUACCGAUCUCCCACGGGAAUUGGAAUGGGAAAUACUUUCUAGGGUUCCGCCCACAUCUCUAAACCAAUUCCGAUCUACUUGCAGACGAUGGUACGCUUUACUCAAAGACCCUAGAUUCAUCAAGAAGAAUUCGGAUAAAGCAGCAAGGCAGAUGAUCUUGACGACAUAUCGUAGUGUUUAUUCAGUUAGCAUCAGAAACCAAAACAGCUUUGAUCCAUCCAUUGAGUUUACUGGUACACUUAACAGUCUAAAAGAUUCAGAACAGGUCUUGAUAUCUCAUAUCUUUCAGUGUGACGGUUUAUUCUUGUGCAAGACCAAUGACCAUGGACUCGUGGUUUGGAACCCUUGUACUGGCCAAACCAGAUGGAUCCAAUUCAGUAAUCGUGAAGUUGAAAGUUUGUAUGCUUUAGGAUACGAAAACAACAACAAACCUUCGUGCCCUAGCUACAAAAUCUUGAGGUGUAGCAGAGACCUGAAAAGGCGGGUUACAGAGUGGGAGAUCUAUGAAUUCAAGUCUGGUUCAUGGAGGUUUCUUGAUGAAGUCGCUCAGACCUGGAGGAUAAGUAGUGAAGGCGUGUCUUUGAAGGGAAAUACUUACUGGCUUGCUUGGGAUAGAAAAAACACUCCCAGUAGCAAAUUCUUACUCAUGUUUGAUUUUAAAAGAGAGAGAUUUGAACAUCUUUCUCUUCCGUUUCAAUGUAUUUACAAUGCAAAUUUGUUUCUCUCAGUUGUUAGAGAAGAGAAACUUUCUUUGUUACUCGAGAGGUUUAAUACGGAGCCAUUUGAGUUGAAGAUAUGGGUGAUCGAUACUAAGAUCGAUGAGGCCAAAGAUACAACUUAUAUCCAAUAUUUCUUAGUAGUGGAUUUCAGUGAGAUCAAGAGAACAUUUAUGACGUUCGUGGAUAGUUUCUUGGUGGACGAGGAGAAUAAAAAGGCCUUGUGUUGUGGUAGAGACAAGGAAGAUAUGGAGAAGAUCAUAGUUUACAUUGUUGGAGGAGACCAGAAACUGCAUGUAUGUAAACAUAUUCGUGGAGAGAUUGUACAAGGACCAACUGAUUUUCUGCCACAUGUUCUUUUCAGUUAUGCUCCAAGUUUGGUUCAAAUUCAGCCAGUGGAGGCAAAUGAAAAAGCUGAUUAG